CGGGGUUUCCUGGCGACAGCCGUAAAUGACGCGCCAAAGCGGCCCGCGAGGCCGUCGUGAACGUCUCCCUUUGCGCCACUUCCGGCCGACUUUUGCGGCCGGUGCUGGUGGGCGAUCGUGAGGCGCCGGAGGUCGUUCCCAGCGGCUGCAGCCAUGGAGAUGCCGCUGCCGCCAGACGACCAGGAGCUUCGAAAUGUCAUCGACAAGCUCGCUCAGUUCGUGGCUCGCAACGGGCCCGAGUUCGAGAAAAUGACGAUGGAGAAACAGAAGGACAACCCGAAAUUCUCGUUUCUGUUUGGAGGCGAGUUCUACAGUUACUACAAAUGCAAGCUGGCUCUGGAGCAGCAGCAGCUUAUCUGCAAGCAGCAGGCCCCAGAGCUGGAGCCAACUGCAACCAUGCCCCCUCUGCCACAACCUCCGCUAGCUCCUGCGGCGCCCCUCACUCCAGCCCAGGGCACCCCGUCAAUGGACGAGCUCAUCCAGCAGAGCCAGUGGAGUCUUCAGCAGCAGGAACAGCACCUGCUGGCCCUGCGUCAGGAGCAAGUGACUGCAGCUGUGGCACAUGCAGUGGAGCAGCAGAUGCAGAAGCUGCUGGAAGAGACACAGUUGGACAUGAGCGAGUUCGACAACCUGCUACAGCCCAUCAUUGACACCUGCACUAAGGAUGCCAUCUCGGCUGGGAAGAACUGGAUGUUCAGCAAUGCCAAGUCCCCACCACACUGCGAGCUGAUGGCAGGCCACCUGCGCAACCGCAUCACUGCUGAUGGAGCACAUUUCGAGCUGCGACUGCACCUCAUCUAUCUGAUCAAUGAUGUGCUGCACCACUGGGCCCUGACGCGCGGAAGGUCUCUCCCUCACAGCCAGCGCAAGCAGGCCCGGGAGCUGCUGGCUGCCCUGCAGAAGGUGGUGGUGCCUAUCUACUGCACUAGCUUCCUGGCUGUGGAGGAGGAUAAGCAGCAGAAGAUUGCCCGGCUCCUGCAGCUCUGGGAGAAGAAUGGCUACUUUGAUGACUCCAUCAUUCAGCAGCUACAGAGCCCCGCCCUGGGACUUGGCCAGUACCAGGCUACUCUCAUCAACGAGUACUCCUCAGUGGUUCAGCCUGUGCAGCUGGCUUUCCAGCAGCAAAUCCAGAGCCUCAAGACACAGCAUGAAGAGUUUGUCAGCAGCCUGGCCCAGCAGCAGCAACAGCAGCAGCAGCAGCAGCCACAGCCACAGAUUCAGCUGCCUCAGAUGGAAGCAGAAGUGAAAGCCACACCCCCACCAGCAGCACCUCCCCCAACCCCAGCACCCGCUCCCACCAUCCCACCAACUACCCAGCCAGAUGACAACAAGCCUCCCAUCCAGAUGCCUGGUUCUUCAGAGUACGAUGCCUCGGCAGGUGUCCAGGAUCCUGCAGCUGCUGGCCCUCGGGGUCCUGGUCCCCAUGAACAGAUCCCGCCAAACAAGCCCCCUUGGUUUGAUCAGCCUCACCCUGUUGCUCCUUGGGGUCAACAGCAGCCCCCAGAGCAGCCUCCAUACCCACACCACCAAGGUGGACCGCCCCACUGCCCACCCUGGAACAACAGCCACGAGGGCAUGUGGGGCGAGCAGCGUGGGGACCCUGGCUGGAAUGGGCAACGAGAUGCUCCCUGGAACAACCAGCCAGAUCCCAAUUGGAAUAACCAGUUUGAAGGACCAUGGAACAAUCAGCAUGAGCCACCACCCUGGGGUGGUGCCCAGCGUGAGCCACCUUUCCGGAUGCAGCGACCUCCCCACUUCCGUGGGCCCUUCCCACCCCACCAGCAGCACCCACAGUUCAACCAGCCUCCACACCCCCACAACUUCAACCGCUUCCCACCCCGCUUCAUGCAGGAUGACUUCCCUCCUCGUCACCCUUUUGAGCGGCCACCCUACCCUCACCGCUUCGACUAUCCCCAAGGAGACUUCCCCGCAGAGAUGGGACCUCCUCAUCACCACCCUGGCCACCGCAUGCCACACCCUGGGAUCAAUGAGCACCCGCCCUGGGCCGGGCCCCAGCACCCUGACUUUGGCCCUCCUCCCCACGGCUUCAAUGGCCAGCCCCCCCACAUGCGGCGACAAGGCCCACCUCACAUCAACCAUGAUGACCCCAGCCUAGUCCCCAAUGUACCCUACUUCGAUCUUCCAGCGGGGUUAAUGGCUCCCCUUGUGAAGCUGGAGGACCAUGAGUACAAGCCUCUGGACCCCAAAGACAUCCGCCUGCCACCCCCCAUGCCACCCAGCGAGAGGCUGCUUGCAGCUGUGGAAGCCUUCUAUAGCCCACCCUCCCAUGACAGGCCGAGGAACAGUGAGGGCUGGGAGCAGAACGGCCUCUAUGAGUUCUUCCGAGCCAAGAUGCGGGCAAGGCGGCGCAAGGGCCAGGAGAAAAGGAACAGCGGCCCCUCCAGGUCACGCAGCAGAUCCAAGAGCCGAGGACGCUCAUCAUCUCGCUCCAGCUCACGCUCCUCGAAGUCUUCGCGCUCCUCCUCACGCUCACGGUCCCGCUCCCGCUCUCGCUCCUCCUCACGCUCCAGGUCCAGAAGCCGCAGCCGGUCACGCUCUUCCAGAAGCCGCUCACGCUCCAGAUCCAGAUCCAGGUCCAAGUCAUACUCUCCAGGGAGGCGGCGCCGCUCCAGGUCCAGGAGCCCCACCCCACCCUCCGCAGCUGGCCUGGGUUCUAAUUCAGCACCUCCCAUACCAGACUCGAGGCUUGGAGAAGAGAACAAAGGCCAUCAGAUGCUGGUGAAGAUGGGUUGGAGCGGGUCUGGUGGCCUUGGUGCAAAGGAGCAAGGCAUCCAGGACCCCAUUAAGGGCGGCGAUGUCCGGGAUAAGUGGGACCAAUACAAGGGCGUGGGCGUGGCCCUGGAUGACCCUUAUGAGAAUUACCGCCGCAACAAGAGCUACUCCUUCAUUGCCCGCAUGAAGGCCCGCGAUGAGUUCUCCACAUUUGGGGCGAGAAAGGAAGAAAAGGAAGACUAACACAGGCCUCGGGUGGCGCUGCGCAGUGUGGAAGGGGUUCCGGCUUGGCUUGCGCAUGUCCUGGAGGAGGUGCUGCAGAUAACUCGGCCUCUCAGUGCCAGGAUAGCAAAGCUCAAAACCAAGACCACCCCGACCCCCACCCCCAGUGAUGCUCAGCCCAGAGCCAGGUAGUGAAACCCACACUGCACAUGGGACUGGAAAAGCCUGGCCUCAGAGCUGCAGAGGUCAGAAGGAAUUUCAUUUUGGUUCCACCUGGCUUUGUGUUAGAAAAGAGCGAAGGCUGACUCCUGAUGUGUGGGGUCGAGAGACCCUACUCCUCCGUUCGCCGUUUAGCUGCAUUUUAUCCCUUUCCUCAAAUGUUAGCUGUUUGCUAUCAGCUGGACACAGCUUCCGAGGAGACGGGGUCAGGAAAAGAUGGCCUCCAGAGUUCCUCCACCCAGCACAGCGCCUCGGCCUGCAGCUCCCGCCUGGGGAGCCCAACACCAGCGAGGAGCACCCCAGAGCAUGGGGUGCCAUGGAGUGCGGGGCACCAGCCAGGCAGCACUUCCUGCGCUGUUUGAUUUGUGUGCCCCAGUCAUUCCCAGGGAAGGAGGGAGGGAGGCCCAGGAGCUCCUGGGGUUGCAGCAGCCUGGUGCCAGUUAUUUGUACAGACUUUUGAAAUGUUCUUUUCAAUAAAAUGCAGAGCCCUCUACAACUUCUCAGCACCACAUAAGACACUUGAUUUUUGUUUUAGAUUUCCCAUAGCUGUGACGUGUGCAGACGUGUCUGACUUGGGACAAACAAGCAGACACAUGUGCUGUUAACCACUGAUUGUGGAUUUUACUGUUUUGCCUUCAAAUAAAGCCUUUUGUAAAAGA